AUGUGCAAGUUUGCACUGGAGCUGAACUUAUUGAGGAAGACGACUAUGGCCGGGCACCGGAGCUGGCAGUGGAGUGGUUUGGCUGCCGUCCUCCUCGUGCUGCUGUGGAGCGGCGCUUCCCACGGGCAGAGGGACUGCACGGGUGCCGAGUGCCAGCCCCUCGACAACUGCAUCGAGGACGUGCUGGAGCCCGGUGAGUGCUGCGCCACGUGCCUGCAGCACGGCUGCACGUGCGAGGGCUACCAGUACUACGACUGCGUCAACGUGGGCUUCAUCAACGGCAAAGUGCCCGAAGGGCAGUCUUACUUCGUGGACUUUGGCAGCACCGAGUGCUCGUGCCCCAAGGGGGGAGGCAAGAUCAGCUGCCAGUUCAUGCUGUGCCCGGAGCUGCCCCCAAACUGCAUCGACGCGGUGGUGCCAGCUGACGGGUGUCCUCAGUGCGGGAGAAUAGGUUGUCUCCACGAAGGGCAGAAGUACGUAGCGGGACACACCUUCCACAUGCCCCCCUGCAAGGUUUGCCAUUGCCCCAACGCUGGUGGGGAGCUGAUGUGCUACCAGCUGCCGGACUGCAACGCCUUUGCCUUAAACACUGUGAGCCCGAUUGAUGCUGAAGACGGUGAACCGGAGAGGCACUACGAUGAUCCCUACAGCUACGACCAGGAGGCACCAGAAGGGGACAACACCCAGGUGGAGUCUCCAAAAAAAUACAGGAGUUACUCGUCCCACCUAGAACAAGAGAGCAUCAGCCAGGAGCAAAGCGAGGACUAUGACUACCUGCCGGCCAGCGUUGCUCCUUCAGCUUCGGCUCCGACUGAUCCGUACACCGAGGAAAUGGCUGCGCCGCUCACCACGCCAGCACCUAAAGUCCCCUCUGAAAUUCGCAGUGCCACAGAAAGAAGUGAAAGAAAGAGGGUGGCCCGCACCACUGCAGCGUCGCUCCAGCAAAGGCUGCAUAAGGAAGCCCCAGUAACCACCGGUGCUUCUCCGGAGCACACGACAGCCACCACAGCGACACCCAAGCGCCCGGAGGAACUGGAGAGGAGGCCAAGGGGGAAGCAAGGGGACAAAGAGAGGCAUGAGCCGGAAAAAGCCCCCCACUCUAAAAUGAAAAAGCAUGCCAGAAAGGAAGACCCAGGGAACAGCAUGUAUCUGGGCUCCCAAGAGGUGAAUUUAACAGAGCCGAGUUGGUCCAAGUCUUCCCAUGAAACGCAGGAGGGAAACACUUUCCCCAAGGUCAAGUUCAGUGCCACAACCUCUCCGCCUGUUGCUCUCAAGGAAGACCGUAGUCAGUCGUCCCAGAAGCAGUCACAGACGCUUUAUCGCUACCAUCCUGAGGAAGACGGGGACCCCAACUCCAUUCACGCUAACCCCAGGUUACCAGAAG